UGGAAUGAACGAGUAUUUUUCGUCAUUUCCAAGCGACGUUGAUGACACACCGUUUACAGUAAGUCACGGGCGGGUGCAUGAAACAUGAUAUUCUUAUCCUGCUGUUGUUUUCAAUUCCAAUGGUAGCUGGGGAGCAGGUGACGCGCAUGCGCAGGUUGUAGUGGUUCAUGGGAUCUGGGAUCUGUCGGGAAUUCCCCAGGACUCUCCAGCUCCUGCCAAACAACCUUAUCUGGAAGUAGCCAGGCCAACUUAACCAUAUCCUCUGCUCCAUGACUGAGCUGAGAAGCUAAAAUGAGCAAGAAACUGAAGUUGAGCGGCUAGCACAGCAGCGCUCUGCGCUGUUGUUUGGGGUUUUCUACGAGAAAAGGAUCGUUCCGACAAGGAGAACAUCUGAAGCAAUCCCGACUCUUGCUAGGCUAGCGAAACUCAACUCAAUCCCCCAGCUAACCACAUUAAAUUGUUACACGGGGGGACGGUUCAAUCUGCAGGUAGGCCUUGUUUUGCGAGAAACACUCGAAAUGGCGGGCAUACAGCGGCACUCGGUGGAGGAAUCCCCCAGUGAUCAGAAAAACAAAUACCCUCGGCCUGUGGUCGGCUACGAGAUGAAACUCGGUAGCACCGAUGUUGCGUCGGAUGAUUGGUGCGACAGCGGACUGGACUCUAUCAGUGGAGUUGGCCUGAGUAUCGAUGGCUCUUAUGACACCGAGUCCCCAAUCACUUGGACCAGCACUCGGCCAAAGGACAGUUGUCCGCCUUCUUUGGGUCACUCUGAGGACCGUCCGGAGGACUGCUCUACGGUGGAGCCAGGGGAUAGACUGGACUCAGCCAUUGGGGACUCGAUCACUGAUGAGACAGUUGGCAGUCUGUCACAGGGCCUGGGGACUCUUAUUCUGGCCGAACCAACAACAGGCGAGACAGUGGACAACAGAUGGGAUGAACGUGUCCAGGAGGUCAGUCCAGAGGUGGAACGCCAGAGAAGAGAAGAGUUGUUCAACACGCUCAACUUUGUAUCCGAAGAUGGUGACACGGCCCUGCACCUGGCGUUGAUCCACGAGCACCGGGCCUUCGUGCAGUACCUGUGUGGGGUCAUCUCUCUGGAAUCCAGCUGGAUCCCUUACCUGGACAUCCAGAAUCACCUGGGCCAGACGGCGUUGCACCUGGCGGUGAUCGUGGACCAGCCCGAGUGUGUGCGCGGUCUGCUGUGGGGGGGUGCGAGUGCGGAGCUGCAGGAGCGGGGGGGCAACACACCGCUGCACCUGGCCGUCCGGGAGCUGAGGACCGAGUGCGUCCGGGAGCUGACUUCCUGCCCCCGCCUGCCCCCCGACCACCUCUCCAUCACCAACUACACAGGCGUGAGUGCUCUUCAUUUGGCUGUGCAGAAAGGCCGAGGAGACAUCCUCAGUAUGCUGCUAAGUGCCGGGGCAGAUGUCAACCAGAGGGACCUGAGUUCGGGGCGCUCCCCUCUCCACUGGGCGGUGGAGUCCCAGAGUUCCCAGCUGGUGGGGCUGCUGCUGAGUGCCGGUGCUGCGGUGGACCAGCGCUCCUACGCCGGCCACAGCCCGCUCUACUGCGCCCUCCACAGGCCCAACCAGGAGGUGCGGGCCCUGCUGCGGGCCGGAGGGGCCGCCGACACCACGCCGAUGCAGGAGGAAGAGGACGAGGAGGAAGACGAGGAGGAGCAGGAGAGUGAAGAGGAGGAGUUUGAUGAUGUCAUCAUUAAUGGACAGCGCGUGAUGUAAAUUGGAGGACGGAGGAGCUGUGCGGUGUGCCAUUGGUUGGACAGCGAGCGGGGUUGUGAAGUGGCCUCCUGCCACCACCAAUGGCAGCGCCCAGCCACACCAACACCCAGGAUGGGACUGUGUUGAAUUGGACAUUGGAUCAUAUGUUUGUUGUGAAGUCGCUUGACUUUGUCCUGUAAUGCUGUAGCAAAAAAAAGAAGAGGGGGAGGGAGAGGCUAUAGAGCAGCCCGGUAAGCUAAAACACAUCCCCAGCAGCAGCGGUGUGCGAUUGGUUGGGUCUGCCCCAAUUCUUAGGCAGGCCUGUGGUACACCUGCUUCAGAUGCUAACGCCGCUGUUGACUGGGGACUGGAUUCAUUUUCUGUCUGUUUAGAGGACACUGUUGGACAUUGUUUUUUUGUUGUUGUUGUUGUUGUUGUUGUUGCUGCGUAGCUGGGGAAACGGACAGAUGCUGCUGAUACGGAUCAACAAGAUGCAUGCAAGAUGGAAGAAGAUGGAGGACUCUGUUUUGAACUGCUCAUGUCUGCAACAGUAGAGUCAGAAUCUUGAGUGACAGCUUGGUUCAGUUCAAUCUCACUGGUGCCAUUCUACUUCUCUCUCCAGUUUAGCUUUACUUUGGGGUUUGGCUUUUCAUUUCUGCUUUUACUUUUUAAAGGAGUAAACUUAUGUCUUUUUGGUGGUGGGAUUUGGAAAGUUAGAAAUCUGUGUAAGUAUGUGGAAAAGGUAUUGGGACUACCAUUUAGCUGGUCGUCAUAAGAAUAACACAAGUUCCCUCUGUUCCAGGUACCCCAGAGGCACUUGUGUGCUUGAGUUCCUCUGUCUGAAUUGAAAAAAUGUUUUCCAAAAUUCACUCAUUAAUAUAAUAUAAUUGAACUCGAUUAUUGAGUCAUAUUUUCGGGAACGCUUCUUAACACAGUUAAGUUGAAGCUUGAAUUAUCUCCUUGUCUCGUUUCUAUGCUGACCCACUGAGAAGUGGUUUACACAGGAACACAUGGCCAGAGAGAGUAGAGAGAUAUAUAUAUAUAUGAAUAUAUACUUAAAGAAUCUCUGACGUUGCAGCUCAGUCUUAAUUGCAGGCAGAGUCUCCAGAUUUUUACUCAGCCGUGUAGUGUAGUGUAUUCGCAUAAUGUGGCUUGACCCUGCCAAACAAUGCUGUUUGAAGCAAUUCGAUCUAUAGCAUUGCUUCUGGAACAUUCAUCCUUUUUGGAAUUUGAAUUUCAGACUUUGUCAUUAUUUGCCCAGAUUUGGGAUCAAUAAACUAAAUAUAUUUAUGUAUAAUUUAGCAAAGUGCAGGUAAGCCAAGAAACCAGGAGCCACACAGGAAAAUAAAAUUAAAUAUUCUACUUCCCGGGUAAACCUUGGAAUCUCUGGUUCCUUUGAGAAAAGGACGAGAGUGACCUUGGCAAUUGGCAUACUUCCCCUGCAUUAACCUAAUCAUAUUUAUUCGGGACACUUACUAGAGGGAACGAACAGAGGACCCAGAUUAGAAUGGUGGUGGGAUUUGGAUGACUUUGAAAUGAUGAUUAUUAUUAUUAUAAGGUGGCUUUUUAAUGCGUCAUCAUACCCUUUAUUUCUUUCAUUUCCCAAAGAUGUUGAGGCCAGGGAAGGUGUGGUAUACUAUGGAGUGUUUGUGUGGACCCAUGAAGACUGUUUUUAUUGUCACUUUCUUCAUUUUCCUUGUAUGACUUGUGCAUAUGAAGAAAGUGACAAUAAAAACUGACUUGAGUUGAAUAAAAGCAGACAGCGAUGCUGUUUACAAAAAGAAGCCCUUUAUGCUAAGGCAACGUGAGAGUCAGAAAUGGUCAAAACACUUGAGUAAAAAAAAAAAAAAGUUACUUGUAUCUGUAACGUUACUGUCUAAA